CAUUAGACACAGUUUUUAGACAACAACGGACAAAGGAAUAAGAUAUCAGGCUUUGAUACACACACAAUACUUGUUAAUCUUCUCAAACCAAAGCUUAUGAUGGUGAUUUAAAUGAACAUGAUUACCAACACAGUCAAGUUUCAUUUCCAACAUUUGUGGCUCAUCACAACCGUCCUGAUUGGACUUUUUUUUUUUAAUAUCCUCUGGUUUCAGACAUCUUUCUAUAUUUUUCAUACAUUGUUGAGCUUCGAGAAAAAAAAUUCUGAAUCCAGUUUCUGAAUAACUGAUUCAGUGAAUUAACUGGGAGUUUACGUCUCUUGGCUUCAAAUACACUAGUUGUGGUGUCGCAUCCAUUAAUGCUGGCAGCAGUGAUGUGUCUAAUACGUACUGAGAUAAUUAAGAUUUUUUUUUUUUUAAAUGUGGUGAAAGGUGAGUUUAGGUGUAGCAGAGCUGGCUGAGUAAUUCUUUUAGUUUGGGAAUACUGUGCUGCUGCAGGUUUUUUUAAAGUCAAGACAAGUUUAUUUGAGUCUUUAUUUCCACCUGAACACUACAAACUCACUCAUUAUCUAUUUUCAACCCCAUACUGAAAGAAAAUUAACACUAUUUUCUCUUUUCUUACAAAAUAUCUGUGUCAUUUUGAGAUGAACACCUUCAGUGUGUCUGGAGACGCUGCUGUGACAUGUUGUCAGUGAUAAGUGUAAUAUACACCGAGCCUCCACCUGUAAACACAUCUGCAUAUUUCAGAGUAAAAUCCCCACUGAGACCAUUUUUUAAACUAUUCUGAAAUGACAGAAACAUUUCAGGUUUGAAAUCUUGGCCAACCAGUGUCAGGUGGAUUUUUUUUUUUCCUUGCAGGGAUGUAAAAAUGUUCAGGAUUGAAUCUCCUCUGAUUGUGUAGUUUUGAUUGUUGUCUUGACGAGGCUCGAUGUGAAACCCUGCUGCUUUUUAUUGUAUAUUUAUAGUUGGAAAUCCUGACGAACUGCAGCAAAAAUAAUCUGCAGUGAAGCUUUUCUCAUUUAUUUGUUUUACUUCGACCACUAAAAGUAUUUAUUACGACUCUAAAAUGCCAAAAGAUUCAACCAAGUGUCGUCUUUAGCGACAAGAUGCUUCCUACUAAACCUGACAGUUGCUGUUGCUAAUUAGCUCAUUUUAUUGUGAAAAAAAAAAAACUCCUGUUGAGUCCCAAAACUGCACACAAGCUCCCCGUCUGACUUGUUUCUGCUUUAUAUGCUGAAUGCCUGGAAAUAUUGUAUUUUGUGUAAUUAUUAUUAUUAUUAUUAUUUGGAGCGAUUACUAGUUUUUUAAAUGACUCUUUGUGUUCGGUGACAGAUUGUAAGAUACAGGUAGAUAUUUUUUUUAAAGACGUGUUCUCUGUUUUACUUGAAAAGUGAAGUUAUUCCUUUAGGUUUCUGCUGGUGUUAUAAAAAAGUGUGUAUACAUGACUUCACCUCUCAGCACUACAUUAUAUAUUUGUUGCUUUUUACCAAAACAUCAUCUCAAAAUGGCUGAAGAUGAUUACCUGGAAUAGAAGGAAACUUUCAAUUGCAAAGGUUGUUUUGUUGUUUGGCUUUGCUUUAAGGUGAUUUGCAAAACUGUAAAAAGGGGAACUAGAUAUGUGUACCGUUUUAAGUAUUAAAUCAGAUCUAUUUAUUAUUCUGGAGUAAAGGGGAUAUUAAGGGAUAUUUUCACACUUCUGUGUUAGCCGAAUGAUCAAACAUUAUUUAUCCAACAACAAACACACACAGCGAGUUAGCAGCUACAUUUCAAAGUCUGCUUUCCUUUAAAUUACAUUAAAAAAAUGGAUGGAGUUUAGUUGUUUGGGUGUUUUAGAUUCAGCUCAGGUGAAUCCAAACACCUGGAGUGAACCGUUCCUGCUCCAAUGUGAAGGAGAGUUUUUAAUUAUUGUAUCUUUAAUUCUGGCUCUUUGUACGCACGUCUGCCAUGUCAGAUAUAAAUAAUUUUAUAUUUAAAAAUUCCACCUCCUGUCAAUCACAAACAAUAAGACAAACCGAAGCUCCUCCAGCAGCUGCAGUGAACUGAACCAGAGAUUAAACAAACGUUCAACAGUUCAAACUUUCUGCUUUUUGUCUUUAAUGAAAAGAAGAACUCGUAUUUAGACUUGUGUGACAAAUGAAAACUGGAAAACUAUCUGCAGUAGAUGUUCGGAAAUAGAAAAGAUGAUUAACAAGAGUGGAAAUAAGAAAAAAAAACAACAUAUAUAUUCAUUCUUAAUGUUCUCUGCUUUUUCAUAUAUUGAAAUAUUGGACGGUUUUAUCUCUUCAGGCCUCUAAAAACUGUUCAAAUGCGAGAAAGAAGAAACUCUUUAGUGAACUGCAACCUGUGACGACGGAUCUCAAGCAGACGCUGAAUCUGCGGGUUUUGAAUUGUUGGUCAAAUAAAAAAAGACAUUUAAAGACGUCUUGAUGGGCUGCGGGAAAUUAUUUUCUCCUAUUUUCUGACAUUUUCCAGUCAAAGUGAAUAACGACGAGUCGAUAAUGAAAAUAUUUAGCAGAACCUCGACAGCUUUCUGCACUUUUGUUUGCAAAUUACAGUUUACAGCAGCUUAAAUGUGAAGAAAAUAAAAGUGACUUUUGAUUUCAGUAUAUUUUUUACAAUUAAAAUGACAAAAAAUGAACCAAGAACAGAACAGAAAACCAUAAAUGACACAUUAACGUCGUCUUUUUUUGUUUCACUUUCAGAACAAUAGAACAAGUGCAUUUACCAAUAUUAUGAUCUCCUCAUCCUUCACCAUUUUCACUCCAGAAUCUGAUUAUUAAACCUUUUGGAGCAACUCAUACAAACACAGUAACACUAGUCAGUACUGAUGGAGGCAGCUCAACUGUGUCACACAGAAACUUUUCUUCAAAUCACAUUUUGUCGCCAAAAACCAGAACUGAAACCUGAAAACUGUUGUCAGGUCCAGUUUGCCUGUAAAUGAUUAUUAUUGCCCCUUAAUGUGUAAAGUGAAACUAUUAAAGAGAGAUUAUAGGAGCUCAUCUGGAUGUACAUAAAGUACACAAAGUUGUUGUUUUCUUUUUUUUCAUUGUUCUUUUAUUAUUUCUUGAGUUUGAAAAUGGGAGAGUGACAGAUUUAUUGGUAACAACAAUAAAGGAAUAUGUUGUAUAUCAUGAUGGUGAUGUGCUUUUUCUUUUUUACUGGGAUCUUUCCCUGGCUGGAAAGUGAAUGAAAACACAUUAUGUGAUAAAUGAAACUACUCUGCUAUACAGUAUCACUGCAGUUAAAUCCUGUGCAGAAGAAGAAACUGUUUGUGGAGGUGUUUUAUUUCACUAUCAUAGUCUUCCUCUUAAAGUCACUGAGGUUUGUGUUUUGUGUUCCACCCCCCAACUAUUCUGUGAGCUGCAAUAAACUGCAGAAAAAAGAAGAUGACAGAGGUCAAAUGUUUCCCAAAGAUUAAACUCAUCUUGUGCCAGAUGUGUUUAACUAUGAUCGUGUCUAAAGCUGAAGGAGGAAACGAAACCUCACAAACAAGCUGCAGUAAGAGGUGGAGCAACACUGCAAAGAGGAAACGUCAACGUCACAUUCGUCAAAUGAAACUGACAGUUUGUCAGAAACACGAGGAGCUGCAGUCGACACAACUGUUUCUGUCUCUGUCUGAAGAAAAAUUAAACCGAGUUCUUCACUUCUUUCUCAACAACUGACUCAAACACCGGUGAGUACAGCUGAUAAUAUUUACUGUGUUUCAACAACCAGAAUUAACAGAAAACUUACAGUUCUUCUCAAACAGGAAUUUACACUUUUCAUUUUAAACUCACAACUGUUGAAUAAACAUAAGUCAAAUAAAUUUAUUGUACUGUCAUCUGACUUUGGGCACAUUUAUUUUAAAGCUGAAAUAUAUUAAUUAUCAUCAUUAUUAACACUGAUUUAGAAAAUUGAGGCAUAAAUUGAUACAUUAGUUCAUUAGUUCUUGUUGUGAGGGGCUGCUGCUCCUGUUGGAUCAUUAUCUUUAUGCAAGUUUUAACUUUUGUUCAAAUUAUUUUCUUGUUAAACUCAUUUCUUCUGUCCAUUUCCAAAUAAUUAUUGCUGAUAUGAUCAUUAGACUAACUAUUCAUUAAUGAAGCAAAGAAGCUCUCUGCAUUAAAGGACGGGUUCACUAUUUCUCAAGUCUGUCUUAAAACAACAGUCAGGUAUGGAGGACCACAAGUGUCACAGAAAUAGCAAUAAAGCAUUUUAUUAAUUAAUAACUAUUUAGCCUCCACACUGCCUGCUGUCUUUUUGUGUGAAACAUCUGGAAGGUUGUUGACCCAACAGCCACAGUGGCAACCAGCUAGAAGUCACAAAUACAACGUUCUUCCAGUUCAGUCCCUCAGACAUUAAUGUUUGAAACAUUAGAGACAUCAGUGUUACAGCAGCAACUUGACAUCAAUUAAAAUACAAAAACAUUAAGGUCAGUAUUCUAAAUUGAAGUUGAACAAAAUAAAGUUUUUUUCACAUUUUCACCUGUCUUCUCAGUGUGUAGAUAUGUCUGCUGCCAGCUGUCUGCGAUCUGAAGAUCAGUUUCUGUGCUCCAUCUGUCUGGAUGUGUUCACUGAUCCAGUCAGCACACCAUGUGGACACAACUUCUGCAAAAACUGCAUCACUGAACACUGGAACAGUAAUGUCCAAUACUCGUGUCCGAUGUGUAAAGAGGUUUUCAAAACAAGACCUAAGUUGAAGGUGAAUACUUUCAUCUCUGAGAUGGUUUCUCAGUUCAGACAGGAAGCUCAACAGAAAGCCAGCAGCAGCAGCUCAGAGCAACAAGCUGCCAAACCAGGAGAAGUUCCCUGUGACAUCUGUACUGGAACCAAACUGAAGGCCCUGAAGUCCUGUCUGGUGUGUCUGACCUCCUACUGUGAGACUCACCUGGAGCCGCAUCUGACAGCUUCACGCCUGAAAAGACAUCAGCUGAUGGACCCUGUGGAGAACCUGGAAGACAGGAUGUGUAUGAAACACGAUAAACCUCUGGAGCUGUUCUGUAAGACCGACCAGACAUGUGUCUGCGUGCUCUGCUCUGUUUUAGACCACAAGACACAUGAGUUUGUUCCUCUGGAAGAAGAAUAUGAAGGAAAGAAGGCAGAGCUGGGGAAGACAGAGGCUGAAAUUCAGCAGAUGAUUCAGAAGAGACGAAUGAAGAUUCGAAAGAUCAAACGGUCAGUCAACCUCAGUAAGAAAGAUGCAAACAGAGAGAAAGCAGAAGGUGUUCAGGUCUUCACCGCUCUGAAUGAGUCUCUUGAGAGAAGCCUGAAUGAGCUCAUUAAGACGACUGAAAAGAAGCAAAGAACGACAGAGAAACAGGCUGAAGACUUCAUCAAAGAGCUGAAACAGGAAAUCUCUGAGCUGAAGAAGAGAAGCUCUGAGGUGAAGCAGCUCUCAUGCUCUGAAGACCACCUCCACCUCCUCCAAAACUUCCCGUCCCUGAAAGCUGCUCCACCCACCAAAGACUGGACAGAGGUCAGCAUCUGUCCACCAUCAUAUGAGGGGACUGUGGUGAGAGCUGUGACUCAGCUGGAGGAGACGCUCAGUAAAGAGAUGAAGAAGCUGGUUAAAGCUGAGCUGAAGAGCGUCCAGCAGUAUGCAGUGGAUGUGACUCUUGAUCCUGAUACAGCACAUCCUGAUCUCAUCCUGUCUCGUGAUGGAAAACAAGUGAAUCAUGGUUAUAAAAGGAAGAAUCUUCCAGACAACCCAGAGAAAUUUUCUCUUGGUCCCUGUGUUUUAGGAAAGCAGAGUUUCUCUUCAGGCAGAUUUUACUUUGAGGUUCAGGUUAAAGAGAAGACUGAAUGGACUUUAGGAGUGGCCAGAGAGUCCAUCAACAGGAAGGGAACAAUCACACUGAGACCUCAGAAUGGUUUCUGGACUAUAUGUUUGAGAAAUGGAAAUGAGUACAAAGCUUUUGCUGGUCCUCUAGUCUGUCUCUCUCUGAAGUCUCAGCUUCAGAAGGUGGGGGUGUUUGUGGAUUAUGAGGAGGGUCUGGUCUCCUUUUAUGAUGUAGAUGCUGCAGCUCUUAUCUACUCCUUUACUGGCUGCUCCUUCACUGACAAACUCUACCCAUACUUCUGUCCCCGUAGUAAUGAUGGUGGUAAAAACUCCGCCCCUCUGAUCAUCUGUCCUGUCAAUCAAACUGCCUGAUCUAUUUUUUGCAGCAAUGCAAAUACUUAUGAAAUUCAUCUUUACAUUUUACAUCCACUGUGCAAAUAUACAGCAAAGUAUUGAUAAUACAAUACUGACACAGCAGUCAGUGGAUUAGAGACAUAAAAACACAUCAAACAUUGAUAAACUGAUACAUUUUUAAAAGAUUUGCUGUCAUUCAUGUUAAAAGAUGUACAUGUUCAACGUGUUUUCAACAGGAUAUGAUUAAUGUGGUCAUUCAUUUAUGAUUCAUUAUAGCAUAAUAGCAUAUAUAUAUAGCAGAUAUUUACAUUUUACUCGUCUUUUUACUGCUUCAAUAUCCUCCCACUAUUCAUUCAUUAACCUCUUUAAUAGUGAUGGAUCCAUCAUGAAAAACACAUGUGAAGAGAAACUCUGUUCAAACCACCAGAGCUUUAAAAUCUAGUGAACAUCUAAAAGUUUGCAAAGAUACCAAAUCUGUAUCUAGACUGAAUUUGAAUAUGAACAAUUCAUAUACUUAAUCAGUUAAUCUUUACACAUUUAGAUCACAUACAGAAGCUGUGUCACUAAACCAUUUUACAGCUGAACAGGGUCAGUAUCAGUAAACAACCGUGUUCCUUCACAACAAAUGAAUACAGAUAUUUAUUUGGUAAAUGAGAGAGAAUGAUCUAGUGAAGUUAACAUAUUUAUACUAACACGCUGAUGAAAUUACUAAUAACCCUACAAUUUAAACUUUAUUAAACUUUUAAAAAGAAGUGUCUCGGUCUGUAUUUUUUUCUUAGUAUUGUUUUUAGAUCCAGCCUCUUGACUGGUUAUCCGUCCACAUGGGGAGACGCCCUUAUAGUUUCUGCUGUGGUGGGACUGUAGUUCAAAUGAAAUCAUGUUUCAGAGGGUAUGGUCAUUAUAUAUCAUGAUUGUUUUGAUUGACACGACAUCUAAUUCCCCCCAGAGCUCAAAGAAAGCUAAUUUGGGGGAAUACAGUGCUGAACAUAACAAGACGCAUACAUGUCAUGGAUGUAUUAAAGGCAGUAAAGUUGCUCUAUACAGUGAGUGGAGCUGUUUCCAGUGUUUCAGGCUUUAGUCCACAUUUCAGCACAGAGGUUGGUCCAUAUUGAAAACUGCAGAGAGCACAAACGCCUCAGUUACUGAGUUACUUCUCCAGUAUUUUGCAUCUAUUACAUAAUCUGCUGAAAUAUUGAUCAAUAUACAGCUAUUAAUGUGACUGGCAGGUCUGAAACAUGUUGGAUUAAUGUCUGAAUCUUACAAUAAUGUUGUUCAACUGUGACUGAAUGUAUCUGGGAUUUUACAUAAACAUCAAUAAUGAUGUUCUGUUUGCUGUUCACAGUUGGCCGUGCGUCAAAUUCUUUCCUUUGACUUUAUUCAACACCUGCAGCA